AUGAGUGACAGUAUAGUACGAGCGUACGGCGUGCUGCUAUGUAGAAUUUUUUGUAACAGCACAAAAAAUGCUAUAGGCGAAAAUUCAGAAAUUGAAUUUUUAUUUUUAAAGGCAUCCUAUGGAAAUAGACAUUGGACUCCUCCAAAAGGACUGCACGAAAAUAACGAAGACGGACUAGAUACAGCUAUGAGAGAAACUUUAGAGGAGACUGGUAUAGAUAAGGAUAAAUAUAAAUUACUAAAUUACGAAAAAACCUUAAAAUAUAAUGUUAAUGAUAGGAUAAAAGAGACUACAUAUUACCUAGCUCUCUUGUUAAAUAAUGAAGAGAAUGUCAAGUUAUCAGAUGAACACACAGAUUAUAAAUGGAUACACAGUAACGAAUCAGAAGCAUAUUCUCUUCCAAAUUCUUUAUCUGACUUAUUGGAAAAUGCAGAGGAAUUUUUGAGGAAAAACAACGAAAAUAUGAUAGUUCAUUAA